UCAGACAACAAAGAUGAAGCGCGAUAUAUCCACCUCGACAAUUGGUCGAGAUGAGGCCAGACGUCCCUUGAUGGAGGCCUAUAUGUUUCAGCGCCGUGUGCUGCUCGGCUGCAGCCUGCUGAUGGUCGUUUCGCUGGUUGUGUGGAUAGUGGCGAUAGCAACGGAUCAUUGGAUCAUCAUAUCAGGGAAAGAAGGCAUUUUCAUACCCGAAUCGCGCCGCUUCUUCAUCAACUCGCAUUCGGGAUUGUGGCGCCACUGCCGUAAUACGAUUGUGCCGAACGCGCUGAGCAAUGCGCAGGUGGUGCGAAACUUUAGCUCCAUGUCGUACACCUCGCAGUCGUAUAUCAACGAUGCCAAACGCAAUUUGAGCCACAUGGAGUUCAUUCGAAACUUCUCUCAGGAAAAACUGGAUGGCUCGGACAACUUUACGGAGCCGGCGCGUCGGCGCAUGUUCGCCCAUUGGGCGCGAGGGGAGGAGGAGGAGUUCCAAAUGUUUCGCAGCGCUUUCCACAAGCUGGUCAUGUCGACGGAAGCGAAUCAGCAUGAAUUCAAUGCGACUAGCCUGAAGCCCAUUCCCAUCGAUCCGCUGGAUGUGAAUGGGAUAAUCAAGCGCCGCACUUUCGGCUCGGCGCUGCAGCGUGUUAAAUACAACAACACCUGGUCUUACUAUGUGAUACCGGAGAUGGCACAGCAAGCCAUAUUCAGCAAUUGGACGGAUUAUCCAUUGGUGGUUCGACUGCUGGGCACGUACAUCAGGGACAUUGGUAUACCCGCCUUUGUGUUAAACGACGAGCGCGUGAUUUUACUUUUGGUGCCGCCGUUGCCACCAAAGAAGGCCGGGCAGACCGCCUACUACAGUUAUAUACCCUACUCGCGUUGCAAAUACAUUGACAUGUUUCCCAAUUCAAAUACCCUACGCAGUGAGCCCGGCUUCGAUGAUGAAUUAAUGGUGUCUUGGUACGCCAUUGCAGAUUACAUACGUACGCAAGCUUCCUUUGCCUGCAUCACGUUGUUCGUCAUGAGUCUGGGCGCGGUCUUCUCCUUCUAUACGUUUAUGAAUCCACGUUACAUGUUCAAGCGUUUGGCAGGUGGCAUACACCUAGUGGCGGCAUCCACAGCGCUUGUAGUGCUGCAGGUGCUCUUCUCUUCAAUCGACUACACAAAGGAUAAUUUGUUCUAUGCCUAUCCGGAUGGUGCGGAAUUGACCUAUGGCUAUGGCGUUUACCUGGCCUGGUUCACGUUCGUAGUUAAUAUUUUAUGCGGUGUCAUGUUCCUCUGGUAUUCAGGUAAGAAGAAAGGCGCCAAGGCGCCCAAUGAUGAAGUUGCCAUGGCCGAUGAGCCAACCAUAAUGGGUAGAUAGCUUCCACAGCCACAAUCAACAA